AUGGCCCGCAAGCGUUACACCGUAACCUUGGAUAUGCCGCGGCGUCGGGCAGCAUCUCCCACUCCGGCAUCGCCCUCUAAGCGCUUGAAACUUUCCACAAACUACGAAGAGAAAGUGAAAAUCAAGGUCAAGAAUGACGGACGGGAAGGUUACUUCCGCGUUCCCAAGGAGAAGAUCAUGGAAGCUUCGGCGUCCUUCCGACGCAAGCUUGCUGACGACACGGGAGACGAAGAGCUGGAGAUGGAAGAUGUGAGCCUCCAAACGUUCAACGUGUUCUUCGACUGGCUGGACGACCAAAAAAUAAGCAUCAAGGGUCUAGAUAUGGUGGAGGAAGAUGACAAAGAGGUGGACGGUCAAGAACAAGACUCUCUGACAGCGACUACGCGAAACGCCAUCAAAGAUGCUCCAACCUGGUUGACUGAUAGUCAUCGCUCAUACCCACGCAUGCAAUCAGACUAUGUGCUCGCCAAGCUGCUGGACGUCUAUCUUUUCAGCAGGGCGUAUGGAGUGCCCUACCUCGCCUCGGAGGUGAUCCUCACGUGGCAGAGGUUCCAGUGGAAAGUUCAAUGUUUGACAGACCAGCACAUCAUCAAAAAAGGUCUAGAACAGCUCAACAUCGAAGAUCCGCUCGUCCGAUACUGGAUCUCAGAUCACGCGCACCACUCAACGUUUGAAAAGGACGACAAGUACAACGCCCUCAGCCCUCAGUUUUUGGUAGCCAUGUUACACGUGGCAAAGAAACGAGGCGAUAAGGGAGGCUACAACCGCGACAACCCCGAUCUCGAAUGGUGCCGAUUCCAUGGGCACGAGACCGAGAGGGAGCAGAAGUCCUGUGAGGCCAGUCGCCCCGAUGACUACGAUAUGCAAGAGAAAUCGACGAGGCAGUGCAGCAACAGCAGCUGCCAGGGCUUGACUCUGGAAGAGAGCCGCAAGACCCGCGACGGCAGUUGGAAGUGCGAACAGAAGGGAUAUUAG